AUGAAUACUGAAAUAGCAUUGAUGGCAUCAGCACUGUCAUCAACAACAAUAACGGAAAAACCCCGAGAGCUUGAAAAACAUUCACAGGUGCAGCCAACAUCGAUUUUUACAAGCAAAGAAUAUUUAACAAUGUUUUUGGGCUACUGUGAUCAUUGUUUAAAAGUGCUAGCGUCCGGAAAAGAUCGCAUCAUUGGUUGUGAUCAAUGUCCAAAUGACUUCUGUGUUUGUGAUCAGUGUAUCUCUCUCAUGCCUCAUCAACAUCCAUCGAUGCAUACAUUUUCAAAUAGAAUGUCACAAAAGGAGCGUUUACAACGUGCUCAUGAUUUGGAACAUUUAGGCAUUAUUUGUAACAAUUGUCGAGGGGAAAAAUUCUAUGGAAUACGAUAUCAUUGUGAGCGAUGUGAACCUAGUUAUGAUUUGUGUGAAAAAUGCAUUAAUACAGUACACAAGGAUCACACGUUUAAAAUUAUUCCAAAUCCAUUUCUACGUGCUCAUAAUCUUAGUAUACUUGCUAGAAGAACUCUAGAUGUAAUUGCAAGAAAAAAUAAUAUUCAUGAUCACACAUGGCGUGAUCCGAUUACUGGAUGGACAAAACUUGAUGCUGAAAAUAUGGUUAAACAAUCUCAAAAAGAACAAGACGAGUAUAAUACACAAUUAGAAAAUAUUCAAAAUCAUGAACUAGCUGAAGCGAAGAGAAGAUUAGAACAGCAACGAGAGUUGGCUCUGAUGGAGAGAGAUAACCAAAACUUCAUACUUUCAUUGAUGAGUGACAACGUCCUCUAUGUUCCGCGAUCUUGAAAAAAAAGUCUGACUUUUUUGAAGUGAACACACGAAUUCAUUAUAUUCUAAUCACUUUAUUUAAUCAAGCUUUUUCUGCUCAUCAGCUUUUUUUUCAAAUUUUUAAAAAUAUUUCUUAUUAUUCUGAAUCGAUAAUAUUAAAAUAAUCUAUCAAAUUAAUAACUAUGUACUUUUCUAAAAUAUAAUAAAAGCAAAUAAAAACAUAUAAUAAACUGUUCUUCAAAUGGAUUAACUCCUUUACGGGGGUAUUACUAAUUUAUGCUAACACCACAAACACCCAACUUUGUA